GAGGAGAUGCCCGAGUGUAAGGACUCUGACAAGGAGUUAUGUCUUCCUUCCCAGUGUCCAUGAAUAUUUUAUUGAAUGUAACUGUAUAUCACCACAAACGCAGAGUAUUCUGUAUACAGAACAAAGGAACGAGAGACAAUGACAAUGUGUGUGUUAAGAUAUAAAGAAACCCCUGGACGGUGUGUCGUGGUUAAUCUGUUGACUGUAUACAAUCACAAUGAAAAUCAGCCGGUCAAUAUGGUCCACUGUCCACACUUUCCAAAUUCUGUUACAGGUAAACAAGGCUCUCCUCCUUUGGCCUAGCUCCUAUUUUCUGAAAACUAUAUUGUUCACAGAAGACAAACUACCUGGUGAAUAUCAAAAAAACAAAACCUGUUUUUAUUCCACAAUAAAUAGCAGCCUGAAGUAAAAAAAAAAAAAAGAGAGACUGGAAGCAAUUUCCAGCAGCACUUUAAACACUGUAGACUUUCACAUUUUAAGCUAAAUGUCGUGCCCUAGCUUAAAAGGAAUGCAACUCUUGUGAACACAGAUAUGAGACUUCACAACUUGGCCCGCAUUGUAUUGAGCUGUCUGCUCAGUGUUUGCUGUAUCCAUGGCAACAGAGCUCUACUAUUUCGCCUUCACUGCCUGUUUCAUUAUGUGACCAGAUGAAUGUUCUCGGUUGUGAUCUGUUUGACAAGUGAAGCAUCCUGUAACAGGUCUUCAUCCUCACCUGGUGACGUUAUUUAACAGAGCAGUGUAAAAAAAAAGAAAGAGAGAGAGAGAGAAGGAUGGAGCGAAGCAAAUGGGCCCAAACUGGAUGGAAAAUAGAGCAGAAGUUUUCUAACAAGGUGCUGUUAGGGAACUGGUCCGAGGAACGACUGGAGUUCACUCGGGAGCCAAAGACAUGUGAGAGCACCAAUCGCGAGGACUACCGGCCCCACUGGGACUUCAGGCCAGACGUCUCUGAGAGAGGAUAUGCCCUGCUGAGAGCUGAGGGGCUUCCAUCCAAAGAGCUUUUUGGCCAUUACUGCAAACCGUCCACUGAUUACAUGGUCACACAGUACGGAGCGAGCUACGGGACAAAGCACACCGAUAUUGUGCCCACACUGGAACAGACGGGGGGAUCUGAUCGGCCAAUUUCUGGGAGUUUGCUGCAGUCCAAAAAGAACCGUGCAGAGAACAAACAUUCACACCUACCAUCAGUGACCCUCUACAGGUCAACCUAUCAGAGCCACCCACACAGUGCCUUCUGCCAGACGCGCUUCGCCAGGGCUUCAAAGAUGCUCUCCAGCCACUUCUACUCGCCUAAUCACAACAACAAGGACUUGAACCUGAGACAGCGCUCAGUGCUACAAGUUCCUGACGUUUGUGUCCGACCACUUUAGCCGUCACUGCGAAUUUAGACGUGUGGCUCUCAAAUUGCUUUGCAUGCCACUUGCAAAUUUAGACGCUCUGCUCUGAAUGGCACUGCUUAGUGCUUCCUCUUCUUCUCUUAUUAGUCACCUGUGUAGGAGAUUCAAUAAUGCGAACCAUUGGGGAAAUCAAGGAGCUUAAAAUUUUUAAAUGUGAUUCUCAUUAUGUUGCUGUGAGAAAAAUGGAGAUUUGCUGUUUUGUGUCGUGAGUCAGUUUGUCAUGUUUAAUUUUAAAUAUGUUUCUGUGUGUGUGCAUGUCUGUGUUUGUGCGUGCAAUACUGAGAAGUGAGGAGGGCCUGUAAAUUAUGUUUACUCUUCCCGGGGAUAAUUACAUGCAAAUUUGUUCUCACUGCAAACUCUGACACGCAGACGCACAAACUGUCAAGUAUUACUCUGUGUGAAAACUACAGAGAGAAAAAGUCACGCAAAAAUAUGCCCUGAUUAGAAGAACUGGAUCUGUUGAUGAAAGAAAAAACAAACAAACAAGUAAAUAUGAGACAGUGACAGUAAUUUUAUUUGCUUUUUUUUUUCUUUUAACAUUUUAUAAUGUACAGCAAUGACUGAAAAGCAUCAGAAUUCUGUGGCCCCAGUCUGCAGGUGAGGUGUUGAAGCCAGAGCUGUACUGAGCUCUGGGGCCGACCAGAACACACCAGUUAGUGGAAGCAGUGUCCCAUCCCAUUAGGUGUUUAAUUACGGAGAAUCAAAGUGUUUAAUUAGGGAGAAUCAAAGACACUUAUGUUUGACGGUCAACCAUGUGCGUCUGCUUCUCUUUCUGCCUCCUGCUGCCUUCAUGACCAGCCCGAAGCCCCUCCGCUUGACUCGUCACUUUUACUGUGCUGCUGACGCAUGCAAGUCACGUGACACCUCUGCGUUAGAGGAAAAGUCUCAACCAAAGCACUGUUGUGCUUACCCUAAGGACCACUUGGUGGUGCUAUAGCAGCAUGUCAGUGUCUGAGAAAUCGCUAGUGUGUCAGAACUUCGAUUUUCUUUAACUAAAAUGCAUUUUCUUUUAGAUAAAAUUAAUAUCUAAAUAUACAGUAUAUUUUUCGAGUUUUUAAAGUAAAGAUUAAUAUGCAAAGAAACAAAUGCACAUUUUUCUUGCAGCUACCACCCCUAAGCGUACGCAUUUUAAAAAAAAAAAAUAAAAAUAAUUAAUUAAUAAA